AUGGGGGGUUCUUCACCAUGUGCAUCCUGCAAACUGCUAAGGCGCCGGUGCGCCAAAGACUGCAUCUUUGCCCCUUACUUUCCUUCUGACGAUCCCCACAAGUUUGCCAUUGUUCACAAGGUCUUUGGUGCCAGUAAUGUCAGCAAAAUGCUGCAGGAGAUUCCAGUUCAUCAGAGAGCAGAUGCUGUGAGCAGUUUAGUUUAUGAAGCAAAUGCAAGAGUGCGAGACCCAGUCUAUGGAUGUGUUGGUGCAAUAUCUUGUUUACAAAAUCAAGUAUCACAGUUGCAAAUGCAACUUGCAGUAGCUCAAACAGAGAUACUUUGUAUCCAGAUGCAACAAGGAGAGCCUACGCUGCCAACCCAACUAGAACAAGAUGAGAAAUCACUUGUUUUAGCGAGCAGCAAUAACUUCAACGGCAUUCCUCAAUAUUUUAACUUUGCCUCGUCUAGCAAUGUAAUCCAAGACCCUCCUAAGAGAGAGUCCCUUUGGACUUGA